GAACAAGACGCUUCAUCAAACAGCACUUCAUUUCAGAAACUCUGAAAUCAACGACUAGAUCUGAUAUUCACUCACAGUCAUGGCAUUCUCCAGUGGUUCAGCAAUAAAUAAGGAGCUCCAGUGCUCCAUCUGUCUGGAAGUGUUCACUGAUCCAGUCAGCACUCCAUGUGGACACAACUUCUGUAGAACCUGCCUGAGCAAGUGUUGGACAAGCUCUCGGAACUGCUUCUGUCCAUUCUGUAAAGAAAAAUUCAGCAGAAGACCUGACCUCAAGAUUAAUACAACACUCAGAGAGGUUGUGCAACACUUUGAGAAGCGCAAACGAGCAGAAUCUGAGGUGUUCUGUGACUUCAGUGAUGAAAGAAAGCAGAAAGCUGUGAAGUCCUGCCUGACGUGUCAAAGCUCUUACUGUGAUGAUCAUCUGGAGCCUCAUCUCAGAGUCCCACGUCUAAAGAAACACAAACUGAUCAACGCUGUGGAAAACCUGGAGGAUUAUAUAUGCCAGAAACACGAGAGACCUCUGGAGAUGUUCUGCAGAGAUGAUCAGACGUGUGUUUGUCUGUCCUGCACUGAAGGAGAACACAGGAAUCACAACACUGUUCCUAUAGAGGAGGAGAGUCGAGAGAAGAAGAUUAAUUUGGCUAAUAGACAUCAUCAGAUGAUACAGGACAGAAUAAAAAAGAUUCAAGAGAUCCAGGACUCAGUAGAGCUGAGAAAGAGAAACACAGAGAAAGAGAAGUCCUUCAGUGUUGAGCUCUUCACAGAUCUGAUCCGCUCCUUUGAGAGAUGUCAGUCUGAGCAGCUGAAGAUGAUGGAGGAACAGCAGAAAGCAGCAGAGAAACAGGCUGAAGAUCUCAUUAAAGAGCUGCAGCAGGAAAUCACUGAGCUGAAGAAGAGAAACACUGAGCUGGAGCAGCUCUCACACACUGACGAUCAUCUCCACCUCAUACAGAUGUGCUCAUUCCUGUUCAGUCUUCCACACACCAAGAACUGGACUGAGAUCAGGAUUGACUCUGAUGUGAAUGCGAACUCUCUGUAUAGAGUUGUGACUCUACUGAGGAAAACUCAAGAGACACUGAAUAAAAAAAUCAGGCAAACUGAGUUGAAGUGUGUACAGAAGUAUGCAGUGGAUGUGACUCUGGAUCCUGAUACAGCGAAUCCAUAUCUCAUCCUGUCUGAUUAUGGAAAACAAGUCAGUACUGGAGACAUUAAGCAGGACGUCCCAGAAAACCCAAAGAGAUUUGAUGUCUGUUUUUGUGUUCUGUCAAAGCAGGGAUUCAGUUCAGGGAGAUUUUACUAUGAGGUGCAGGUGAAGGGAAAGACUGAGUGGAGUUUAGGAGUGGCCAGAGAAUCCAUUAACAGGAAGGUGAAGAUCACACUGGGUCCUGAUAAUGGAUUCUGGACUGUGAUUCAGAGGAAUGAGAAUCGAUAUAAAGCUUGUGAAAGUCCAUCUGUCUCUUUAUCUCUGAAAGUGAAACUUGAGAAGGUGGGAGUGUUUGUGGAUUAUGAGGAGGGUCUGGUCUCUUUUUAUGAUGUGAGCUCCAGCUCUCAUAUCUACUCUUACACUGGUCAGACUUUCACUGAGAAACUCUAUCCAUAUUUUUACCCAGGCUUUAAUUCUAAAAACUCAAACCCACUGAUCAUCACACCUGUCAACUGAAACGAAUAAAUGAAUAAAAUAAAAUUUGAAAACAUACUGUUUUUAGAAUAUGUAAAUAAAAAGGCCCUAAAAAACCCAUUAAUUAUAAUUAAAUAUUUGUUAUAUGUUGUGAAAUGUAUCAUCACAGUUACAUUUGAAUGGCCAUUUUGGAGUCUAUAUUUUCUAAUCAACACAAUGAUUUGUUUGCUUAUCUUCCAUUAAUAUUUUGCUUUUGCUUUUCAAAUCUGCUAUGAAAAUUUACAUUCCCAAUCUGUGUCUCCAAACUCGGUCCUGGAGGGCCACUGUCCUGCAGAGUUUAGCUCCAACUUGCCUCAACACACCUGCCUGGAAGUUUCUAGUAUGCCUAAUUAGACCUUGAUUAGCUGGUUCAGGUGUUUAACUGGGGUUGGAGCUAAACUCUGCAGGACAGUGGUCCUACAGGACAGAGUUUGAAAACCCCUGCUUUAUACGGAAAAAAACGUUCUUCAACACUUGUGACAGUAGGUUCUGGAACUUGAUCUUGACUGUCAACUGUUUACCCACCACAGAGUCCUCUAGAGGCUAAAACAGUACAAACACAAUCAGUGGAUGUAGAGCUUCUUUUUGUGAUGAACUGAAUUCACCUGCAGUGUUUUGAUUCAAGUAAAAGCAAAGCUGAAGUUAAGGCAAAACCCUUUUAUAACAGGACAGAAAUUAGGAAAACUAAAAAGAUGCAAAUCAUUUUUGUUCUAAAAGAAAUUUCUAGUGUAUAUUUAACUGAUAAUCACCAUACAAAGUUCAUUUUCUCUCAGCUGCUACUCUCAAAUCUAAAUUACAGUUGAGAGCUAAGAUGGAGGGAAUUAAUUUAGUCUGUUCCUUAUUUAACCAUGAUGACUUCAGAAGACUUGGAAUGGGAAACUAGUGCUUAUAUUUUUCAAUAUACUGCAAUAUAUGCAUUGACCCUGUAUGGCUUGGCUAUAUAUUGAUACAUAUAAAAUAUUAAGAAAAUAUCAAAAAAUAGCAUUGCAUGUAAUAUUCAUAAAUGUUUAUCCUUUAUUGUGUACAUAUAUUGCACAUACAUGUUCCCAUAUAAAUGUGAAAGUACACACGUACACACAUUCACAGAAUGAGCUAGAAUAGCUUGCUUUGCUUUUUCGUGUUAAAGAAGAGUAAAAAUUAAAAUUAAAUGUUAUUUCUGUCAGAGAUCUGUGCAUGUUUAAUGUUGUAAUAUUUUGGAAUUUAAAAGGUUUUCUGGUAUGUCUUGUUGUGGUUAGAGAUGGGCAGUAUUUUAAUUAAAUGUAUUUAAGAUAC